CACAGAGGAGAGAGAGAGAGAGAGAGAGAGAGAGAGAGAGAGGGCAAGUGCACACACCCUGUAAGCAAGGGAGAAAAUGGUGGAGUUUUCAGAGAACUUCCAACCAAUUAUCUCCACUUCUCAUGUGAUCCAAUACUCCAUCACCACCACCACCAUCAUCAUCAUCAUCACUCAUCGUUUUCAUCCCCUUAAACAAUACCAUUUAUUGAACAAACACCACACUCUCCUCCUCAAAGACCAACAACAAAGAGAGAGAAAGAGAAACAAGAAAGCAGCAAAGCAAAUAUGAAGGUUGUCACUAAAGAAGAAGAAGAAGAAGAAGAAGAAGAAGGAGAAGGAGAAGAAUCUGAGAAGAAGAAUAAGACUGUUGUUGUUGGUGUUAAACUGGACACGCAGAGUAGGGAACUCUUAACUUGGGCCCUCUUCAACCUUGUUGUCUCUGGUGACCGUCUUAUUGCCCUCCAUGUUAUUCUAUCUUCCAAUGAUGGACCUGGUUUUGAUGCAAAAGUUCCCAACUUGCUCUCUCUGAUGAAGGAUUUUGAUGCCAUGCUUGCUGUCUAUGAAGGUUUCUGCAAUUUGAAACAGAUUGAUUUGAAGCUGAAGAUUUGUAGAGGGGCUUCAGUUCGGAAGGCUUUGGUUCAAGAGGCUCAAUGCUUUGGGGCUGCCAAACUUGUGAUUGGGAUUGCUAAGAAUUCAAGAGGGAUUGGGGCAUCUUCAUCAUCUACAUCAAUUGCAAAGUAUUGUGCAAAGAAAAUGGCUUGUGAUUGCUCAGUCUUGGCUGUUUGCUGUGGGAAAAUCAUCUUCCAAAAGCCAGCAUUAGAGAUGAGCAAAACUGUAAGAAUUAAUGAGAAAUCAAAUCAGCACAAGCGCACUGAUUCAGAAUGCUCGUUUACAAGCAAAAGUGAUGCGGAGAUCAACUCUAAUGCUUUGUAUUGGUCGUCUCACGGUUCGGAGUUUUUCGAUAGUAUGAGCCAGUCCAGUUGUGCCACUGUCGAGGUUGAUGAGAAUUCAUCGGUUUGCUCUCCUGAAUCUGUGAGCAAAGAAGAACUACGACCCCGGUGGAAACUUGUUCGGAAUGCAGUACUCAAUGAUAAGAUAACUUCUUCAAAAGUUGGGCCUAAAAAUAGCAUGAUUCGAUGGGCAAUGCGGCUGUCCAACCGAUACUCUGCAUGUUCUAUACUUUACUCAGAUCAGAAACACAUUAAGUCGAAAAUUGACAACACGUCUGCUAGUGAUAAUGAGACCAGAUCUGUAGUUUCGGUAGAAACUGAUUCAUCACAUUCCUCUGAUAAAAUUGAAAAUGUCAUCUGUGAGCUACCAAAGGAGCUAGAGUCUCUCCAAGAGAAGUAUUCAUCAGUUUGCAGAUUGUUUGACCUCAAAGAACUCACACAAAUGACAUCAAACUUCUCGCAGGAGAAGUUGAUAGGGAAAGGGGGAAGUAGUCGAGUUUAUAAGGGCUGUCUUCCGGAUGGCAAAGAAUUAGCAGUGAAGAUCUUGAAGCCGUCUUCAGAUGCAUUGAGAGCAUUUGUUUCAGAGAUUGAAAUUAUCACCACUUUGAAUCAUAAGCACAUCAUCUCCCUCUUCGGCUUUUGCUUCGAAAACAACAAGCUUAUCUUGGUCUAUGAUUUCUUGUCAGGAGGUAGCUUAGAAGAAGUUCUUCACGGUGAGAAAGAGAAGAGUAAUGCGCUGAGUUGGGUCAAUAGAUAUAAGGUGGCCAUCGGUGUCGCUGAGGCACUUGAUUAUCUGCAUUGUGGCAGCAAUUCUCAGCCAGUGAUCCAUAGAGAUGUAAAAUCUUCGAACAUCCUUUUCUCUGACGAUUUUCAGCCUAAGCUUGCUGAUUUUGGGCUUGCAAAGUGGGCGUUAUCAUCAGCACCAAAUUUAACAUGUAGUGAUGUCGUAGGGACAUUCGGUUAUUUGGCUCCGGAAUAUCUCAUUUAUGGUAAGGUUGAUGAGAAAAUCGAUGUCUAUGCUUUCGGUGUUGUGCUUCUCGAGCUCCUAUCGGGAAGGAAGCCAAUCAGAACAGGAUGUCCUAAGGGUGAGGAAAGUCUAGUAAUGUGGGCAAAGCGGGUCCUUAAUGAUCUUGAUAAGGUGAAAGAGCUUGUUGAUCCUCAUUUGAGUGAUGAAUACGAUAUCGAUCAAAUGGAGAGAAUGGCACUUGCUGCUUCACUCUGCAUUCGUCGUGCUUCUCGAUGUAGACCUCAAGUAGCAACUGUCUUGAAACUACUCCAAGGAGACGAUGAAAUUGUUAAAUGGGCAAGAUCAGAAGCAAAGUCUUCGGAAGAGAUUGAUGGGGUCGACAACGAAGAACAUAAACAAGAUUUUGACAUCAAAUCUCAUCUUACUCUCGCAUUGUUAGAUGUCGAUGAUAAUUCACUGUCUACUAACAGCACAGAGCACUUUUUGGAUGAGUACUUGCAAGAAAGGUGUAGUAGAUCAUCCAGCUUCGUCUAAUCAUUGAAUGCAUUGUUUGUUUCAGAUUGAAUCGCUUAAUUGUUUGUACAGAGUGUUUUCUAUGUUCAUUUUGAUUUAAUCUCGGCCUGUUUGUUUGUAAGGUUAACCAGUUUUUUUUUAUCAGAAUUUUGUCUACUGAACCUUUGUCAAGUGAAGGAUGAGAAAAAGAUUAAAAAAAAAAAUAUGAUUAAUGUA